GUUUGAAGUUAAGGGCGACUGUCUGUCAGAUUCUGUGCGCUGUCAGAUUUAGUAAAGGGGGCAGAAAUGAUGGCUAGGAUUGAGGUGGCACCGCUCCGACCGUGGACCGACUUCUUUCCCGGCUCGGAUAGAUUCGCAAAACCAGACACAAAAGAUUUUACGAAAUGGAACAACAGAGUUGUCAGCAACCUGCUUUAUUAUCAAACUAAUUAUCUGGCUUUGGUCACCUUCGUUUUCCUCCUCGUCGGGAUCCUGAAACCUCUGGAGACUCUUGUAGCCAUAGUCGUGGUGUCAGUCGUGUUUGUGGUUUCGGUGUGGGUCGGGGAGAAUGGAGCUGCGAUCAACAACUUUAAGAAGCAGAAACCUUCAGCGUUCAUCAUUUUGAUCAUGGUUGCCAGCUGCAUAUUGAUUUCCGUGCUGGGGAGCAUCGUGGUAUUCAUGUGGGCCAUCACUUUACCCCUGAUUUUAAUAUUUGCACAUGCUUCAUGUCGCAAACGCAAUAUGAAGAAUAAACUGGAGAACAAGAUGGAUGGAUUUGGACUGAAGAAGACGUUUAUGGGCAUUCUGCUGGAUUCUCUGGGUCAGCAGGAGGAAACCGCUCAAAAGUUCAACAACUUUCUGGAUUAAAAGUGAAAGAGUGACUGGAUUUGAGAAGAAGCAAAUGCACGUGUGUGUGCCAAAGAUAUGACUUUUUUUUUUUUUAAUUUGCUUAGAUUUUAGACGUUUGUUUCUCUCAGUCUAAACCCUUUGAAGUUUCAUGCACAGCUUGUGAUUUAAAAAGAAAGAUUGUUAUCUUAAGGGCGUUAUCUUUACCUCAGGGCUUCUGUCACUCUACCCAGAACUUGUCAGGGUACUUUUUUUUUUGUUUUGUUUUUUUCUCUGAACAGUGAUGAGGGCAUGUGAGUGCAGCCUCACAUCUCUGCUAUGCAGUGUGCAAGUGUUCCUGUAAAACCAGCUGCACACUUAUCCCUGGGUACGAAAUCUGUGUUCAAUCAUUCUCAGAAACAGCCGUCAGCUCUGUCUGUUUGUGCUCAGCUAAAAUUGUGAAAGCAGCACGAAUGUUGCCUUUUUACAAAGAAUGAAGAGUGCACGCUCAACUUAGCUGUACUGCCAAGAAGCUCGGAGGCUGGAUUGAAUAAUCUGCUCACGUAAAAAGUAACACCAGCUUCCGAUGAUCAUCCAAAUAAAAAGUAGACAAAAGAGAGAGGACUGCUGUGUCUCAAGUCAGACUGCUUUGUCAAUAUUGUAAAAUAAAGACUUCAAAGGUGACCCGUGA